AUGGUUCAAGAGGAUUGCUUUGUAGACGAGAGAGAUAAUAAAUUAAAAACUUUAGGAGUAUUUAAGGAUCAGAGUGGAAUCCUCAGACUGAAAACGAAACUUACCUUUCGACAGGAUUCAGAAGAGUUUAAAACUCCAGCUAUUCUUCCGUCCGAUCAUGAGGUGGUCAAGAGAUUAAUACGAUAUUAUCACGAAAAAAAUGCACAUGCUGAUACCCAAAUUUUAAUAAAUAUUCUUCGAGAGAGAUUUUGGCUUCUUAAUGCUCGAAAAACGGUGAGAUCUCUGAUUAAUAAGUGCACCGUAUGUAGAAGAUUUUCUGCAAAAAGCGUGCAAGUUUGCACAGCAACCCCUCCAAACGACAGACUCCGAGAAGCGGCUGUGUUUGAAAUUUGUGGCAUUGAUUUUGCUGGUCCAGUGAUCUUAAAAGGUAACACCAAAUCCUGGAUUUGCUUAUUCACCUGCGCCGUAUACAGGGCAGUGCAUCUAGAAUUGGUUGAGUCCAUGUCUACUGAGAGUUUUUUACUAGCCCUUAGAAGAUUUAUAUCCCGCAGAGGAAGAAGUAAAAUAAUUUACUGUGACAACGGAACUAACUUUGUAGGAGCUUCAAAUGCGCUACGAGAUCUAAACUGGAAGCAGAUUAUUGAUGAUACAUCUAUAUCACCAAUUCAAUGGAAGUUUAAUCCACCAACUGCCUCAUGGUGGGGAGGUUGGUGGGAGAGAUUAAUAGGUAUUCUCAAGAGUUUACUGAGGCGAGUACUAGGAAGAGCUUCUUUAACUUCUGAAGAAAUGAUCACCAUUCUCUGCGACUGUGAAGCAGUGAUCAAUUCCCGUCCAUUGACCUAUGUUACUGAAAAUGAUGUUACUUUGAUGCCUUUAAGUCCAUCUCUAUUUCUUCAAGACAUUCAAACAAGUGGUGUUCCUGAUCUUGAUGAUAUUGGACACAGAAGUCUGAAUAAACGAGUCAAAUACAGAGAAAACUUACAAAAGGAUUUGUGA